AAAAGUCUAUGACACUGCUAAAUCUGUUAUUCUCAUUUCCUCCCAUUCCAGCCCCAUCGUAAUCAUCGACACCGCCGAGGAAACCCUCUUCAACGAUAGCAAUAACAACCAACACCGGGAACCGAAAGCCAAGCUUAACGGUCAUCAUGAGUAUGUCCCGGAGCUGGAAGAAGAAGACGAACCCUUCCCAUCGGCAAUGUUUGUCGGCAGCCAAGAGCAGCAAAUGCAAGAAAUAAUUUCACCGAACACCGUUGUCAUCCAAAAAUCCCCAUCGGAAUCGGAAUCUUCAACACCCAUCGCGAAUGGCACUGAACUUGGCACUACUGAUGGUACCAGUGGUGACGCAAUUAGCUCCGUUGUUGAGACCGAAACAGCUGUUGUUGGUGUGGUCGAGUCGCACCGCGAAGCUGAUAAGAACCAAGUUCAGGUGGAUGGAGACGGUGGCCUGUCAACGGUGGAGCAGCCGCCGCCUGUGGCAGACAACGAGUCGAUUGUUGUGGAGGAAAAUUCCUCCCAAGGUGUUACCGAUCAGUUGACGGGUGACACCGUGGAUGAAGAUAGUGCGACAGCAUCGAGCGCGAUAAUUUCCGAAACGAGCCCGGUGAACGCAAACAUGGAAGCAGGACCGGAUGUGAUGGAUUCGGUACCACCGUUGGUGGGUGAGGCCGCGGUCGAAGAUGUGACCGAUGAUGACGUGGAUCUCCUGCUGGCCGUGGUGGGAGACAGCGUGGAGAGUGACUUCGAGGAACUGGUCAAAGCGCAAAUCGAACAAUUCAACGACGACAAUGCAGAGCAAAUUCAACAGAUUCAUGAGAGAAUCAUCGUUGGAAUUGAAGGCUCUAACAGGAAUGAAGACGGUGCUGAAUUAGGGGGUGAAGUGGUGGAAGAAGUUGUGCGUGAAGAGAUGAAGGAGGAUUUGACUAUUGGUGGGGAAAGUGAUGGGAAUAGCGAAAGUGUUCUUGCGGAGGACGUUCCUGACGGAGUUUCGGAGUCCACAGAGAUGCCCAACACAGACGAGCAACAGGCCAACAGUAAUCAAGGUGAGUGCUAAGUCACUGAAUGUAUCAAGUCGUUUGACGGUGCUCUUAUCAGUUGUUGUUGCACUUUAUUACCUGUACAGGUGAUAAUGGUAGGCCACAUCAAACCUAAUGAGCCUUCCUAAGUUUUUAUCUAAGAUAGGAAGCGCACCCUGUUGACCAAUUAGGGCUCAUGAUAUGGCUGUUUUGGUUGAUGAUAAGAUAAGUGAAAUUUAUUACCCAUGGCCCGACGCUUCACAGAAACCGGAUUGUUUUGUGUUGUUCUAAUGAUUCAAUACCGUCAAUUUGGAAAUUAACAAUAAUUCUAUAUAGUCACUGGUUAAACUCUGGGUGUGAUAGAUGAUGAUGGAACUAUUUUGUUCGGUCAACCCUCGAUUCGACGUGUCUUCCGAGGACUCAUCAACUCAGUUAUCUGAUAUAGCUUUCCAAGUAUUGUUCAUAAUUAGCUUAUAUCAUCAUGACAUAAUCACACGGACUUCCGGCGAAUAUUUGUUUCGAGUGUUGAAAACUAUUAGGCAACAACAUUUCUAAAGGGCGUAACUGAUUAUGCAAAACAAAUCCUUUUCCAUUACUGUGGAACGUUUUUCAUGGCUCCCACCUAAUUCACAGUCACUAUAUGGUAGUUCCAUGUAAAAAUUGAGCUCAAUCCUUCGAAGCAAAUCAUAGUUCCGGCAUCUCAAACUUGGCUGUUUUGUAUAAAAAUCGGCGUUUGUCCAACCAAUUAUGCACCACAGUGUCAAUUGACGCAUUCCUUGAAAGAUCCCUGGAAGAAUUGUUAAAGGUGUUCUCGUAAAUCGCUUGAUCUUAUCACUGGAGGAAUGCUUGUAUAAAUUCUUGAAGAGAAUCCCUGUACAUUUUCCUGGAGAUAUUUCCGAAAAAAAAACCUUGAAUACGCCUGAAGGAAUUUCUGGACGAAUUGAUGUAAUGUAGGAUGUUGGGGUCAAUAUGACCCGGAUAAGCUCGCUGAACAUGAACUACGCCAUCGCGAUGCGCCCAUCUUAACAUCUUAGGAGGGUUAAAAAGAAAUGUCUUGAUAAAUUCCUAGACGAAUUCCUGGUAUUCCCUUGACAAAUUUCGGGAGGAACCCCUGGUAGAUAUCCGAAAGAAUUUUUCCUGGGUGAAUUCUUGAAGGUUUCCCUGCAGAAAAAUCUUAAAACUGAAUCUCUAAAGGAAUUAUUGUAAGAAUUCCUGUUCGGAUCUCUGGGUAAACUCCUAGAGAAACUGCAAGAGGGAUUCCCGAAGGAAUCCCUGGAAAAUGUUUAGGCAACUUCUUGAAGAAAUUCAGAAGGAAAUCCCUAGUACAAGUUCCUGAAAGAAUCAUAGGAAAAGCCCUAAAACAAUCAUCAGAAGCCCUUGAGUCAUUCUCAGGGGGAUUUUGAAUUUUUAGAAGAACCCUUGAAGGGAUUUCUAAAGGAACAUCCUCAAACCAUUUCUGUAAAAACCCCUGGAGAAAUCUCUGGUAGAAUUUCUAAACAAAUCUUUGGAUAACUUCUGGAAAAAAUUCUGGUGGAAAGAAAAUCUCAGGAUACAUUUCUAAAAGAAUCGCAGGACGAAUUUCUGAAGGAGCUACAGGGGGUAUUCUUGAAGGAAUUUAUGGAGGAAUUCCCCAAGAAAUCCUUGAAGUUAUUCAUAAAAAAUUUCCCGGUAUUCCUGGAGACAUUCCUGGAGAAAUUCUUGGGUACAUCCCUGGAAGAAAUGAUGGUAGGAUUUUGGAAAUUUAUGAAGUAACCCAUGAAUAUAUUUUUGUAAAGAUUUCAAGAGGGAUUUCUGAAGAAAUUACUGGAGGAAUUCCUGGGGCAAUCCCUGGAAGAAUUCCCGAAACAAUCCCUGGAGGAAUUCCAGAAAACAUCUCUGGAGGAAUUUCAGUACGAAGCCCAGGAGGAAUUCCAUAGAGGAAUUCAUGAAGAAAUUCCUGCAAAAAACCUGAUGCAAUCCUUGGAGAAAUCCCUGGAGGAAUACGUAGAAGAAUUCCUGGAAUACGUAGAGGAAUUCCUGGAGGAAAAGUAAGAGCAAUCCCUGGAGGAAUCAUGGGAUGAAUCUCUAUAGGCAUUCUUGGAGGAAUCAAAGGUGGAAUUUCUGAAAGAAUACUUAGAGAAAUUCUUGUAGGAAUCCUUGGAAUUCCUUGAUGAAUUCCUCAAGCAAUCCCUGGAAGAACUCCUGGAGGAAUCUUUGGAUGCAUUUCUAAGGGAAUUCCUGAGCAUCCCCUGGAAGAAUUCCUGGAGAAAUCACCGGAGAAAUUUCUGAGGAAAUUCCUAUAGAAAUUCUUGUGUGUGGAGGAGACCCUGAUGAAUGCCUAGAGAAAUCUCUGGAGGAAUUGCUUGGAUAAUGUCUGGAGCAACUCCUGGGACUUUUGAAGAAAAUUCUGGAGAAAUGACUGGAAGAGUUCCUGUAGGAAUUCCUGGAGGUUUCCCUGGAUAAGUUUCGGGAGAAAUACCUGGGCGAACUCGCGGAUGGUAUUUCCUGGGGAACCCCUAAAACAGUUCCUGAAGGAAUCUAUGGAGUACAAGCCCGUGCUCAAAGGAGAGCCCAACUAACAAUGAUAGACGAACAACAGCUUAUUCAGCCAAAAUUUUCAAUAUUUUAUUUUAUUUUAAUUAUUUUAUUUAUAUUGAGCUUAAGAGCGGCAUAUACAUCUGUUGUACAGCAAUAAUGUUUGUUGGGAGGUUUGGGGGGUUAAACUCCUCCCAUUGCCUACGUUCCAUACACUAGGCGCUCCUCCGCCCUUUGCUAAAAUUAUGGAAAAUCCCGCUUUUUCUGUGUACGAGCCCGAUAGAGUAAUUCCUGGAGGGAUUCUUGGUCGAAUGCCUGGAGGAGCCCCUGAAUGGAAAUAAAGGAAACAUGCAUAGAGGAGUUCCUAGAGGAAUCCCUGCAUACAUUUCCGGAGGAAUCCCUGGAAGAAUUCCUUGAAGAAUCACUGGAGCGAUUCCUUUAGGAAUUUCUGGAGAAAUCGCUUGAGAAAAUUUCAGUAGGAAUUGCUGAAUGAAUCUCUAGAAGAACUACUGGAGAAAUCUCUUGUGAAGUUUCUGGAGGAAUCUCUGGAAGAAUUCUCAGGCGAAUCUCUAGAAGAAUUCUUGGAGGAACCCCUACAUGAAUUCUUGGAGGAAUCCCUGGAGGAAUCUCAAGAAGAAUUCCUGAAGAAAUCCCAGGAAGAAUUUUUGAAGAUAUCCCUGGAAGAAAUACUGAAGAAAUCGCAGAAGGAAUUCUUGGAAAAAUCCUGAAGGAUCCUUAGAAGGCUUCGUGGAUGAACUCCUGAAAGAAUCCCUGACGGAAUUUCUGAAGUAACCCUAGGUGAAAUCCCGGAAGCAAUCCCAAGCGGAAUACUAAAGGAAAUCCCUAAGCAAUUGCUGAAUGAAUUUCUGGAGAAUCCUGAAGAGAGGUUCCUGGAGAAAUCCUUGGAGAAAUUAUUAAAAUAAUGUCUGAAAGAAUUCCAGCAGAAAUUUCCGAUUGAAUCUCUGGAAAAACUCGUGGAGGAACUUAUGCAGAAAAUUCUGAAGAAAUGCUUGGAUGAACCCCUGUAGCAAUCCUUGGGGCAUCUCUGAAGUAAUUCCUGGGAAAUCCCUGGAUAAAUUCCAGUAAAAAUACGUGGGCGAAAUCCCGGAUAGUAUUUCCUGGAAGAAUCCCUAAAGCAAUUUCUGAAGGAAUCUAUGGAGUAAUUCCUGGAGGAAUAACUUCCUGGAAGAAUUCCUGGAAAAUUCAAAUUCAAGAAGGAAUUCCUGGAAAAAAAUCUGAAGGAAUACCUGGGGGAGUUCCUGCAGGAAUUUCUGGAGAAACUCUUGGAGAUAUUCCUGGAGUAAUUGCUGGAGAAAUUUCUUGAGGAAUCCUUCAGGAAUUCCUGGAGAAAUCGCUUGAGAAUUUUCAGCAGGAAUGCCUGUAGGAAUUACUGGACGAACGUCUAGCUAGACGAACUGCUCUAGGAAUCUCUAGAGAAAUUCCUGGAGGAAUUCUCAGGCGAACCUCUAGAAGAAUUCUUGGAGAAAUCCCUGGAAGAAUCCCAAGAAGAAUUUCUGAAGAAAUCCCAGGAGGAAGUACUGAAGAAAUCGCAAAAGAAAUUCUUGUAAAAAUCCUGAAUGAAUCCUAAGAAAACUUCGUGGAUGAACUCCUGAAGGAAUCCCUGUAGCAGUCCCUGAAGGAAUCUCUGGUGGAAUUUCUGAAGUAAGUCCAGAAGGAAUCCCGAAAGCAAUCUCAAGCCGAAUGCGUAAAGGAAUGGCUGAAAUUGCGAUUGUUGAAUGAAUUCCUGGAGGAAUUCCUGAAGGAAUCUCAAGAAGGAAUCCUUGUAGGAAUUUUUAAAAUAAUCCCUGAAAGAAUUCCAGCACGAAUUUUCGAUUGAAUCUGUAGAGGAAUUCCUGAGGGAAUUCUUGGUGUAAUACCUGGAGUAAUUCCUGAAGAAACCCCAAGUGGAACCCCGGAAGCAAUCCCAUGAGGAAUUCCUUACUGGAAAAAUCUGAAUCCCUGGAUGAAUCCAUGAUGGAAUUACUGGAAGAAGCUCUGGAGGAAUUCGUCUUUCUCUUUGACUACCGGAACCGAUUCCGGCAUAUCUGGAAAUUUUGGCAUGUUGAUUUUGUUUUCCUAAAAUAAAAGUCAAAACAUUUGAAUGGCUAAGAUUGUACGAAGAUUGUAAUUUAGUAGAAUUCCAUGAUAAGAUUGAAGUGGUGCUCUUACACUGUUAGAGAAAUACCUAUUUGAGGAAAUUUCUUGUGGUUUUCGUGAAGAUAAAAAUUAUAAUUACGGAUAUGAUCCUAUUUCUUAAAAGAUUUUUUUCUGGAACUUAGAGUUAUUGAUAAUUGGCUUGAAUUACAAAAAAAAUAAUUUAGGAGCGUUUGAAAAGUUUUCAGGGGGCUCCAGAAUUCUCCUCAAAUGACCUGAAACGCUCCCUGGAAUCGCCCUGAAAACUCCAUGGAACAUGUUGAAAUUCCCUGAAACGUUACUUCCACCCUCUGAAGUUCUGUUUGAUCUCGAAACGCCCCGGAGACUCCAUGACACUUCUGAAAUACUGAGUGUUUUAGCCUCCAGAAACGCAUUUGAACUUAGCCUGAAAUCGUCAAUAACCCUAAGCAACUUUAUGGAACAGCUCUGAAUCGAGCCUGAACCCCCUAAAACGCCGUUGGAUCCCCCUGAGACCUGCUCAAAACUUCCUUGAAGACCCCAUGAAACGCCUUUGAAAUAGCCCUGAAGCCCCCUAUAAACCCCAAGGAACGCCCUCUUGUAACGUCCCUGAUACGUCCCUGGCAACCUCCUCCUGAAUCUCACUGAGACCCUUUGAAACCCUUCUUAUGCACCCUGAAACAGCCUUAAGGCCCCUGAAACCCAUAAAAAAGCACCUGCAUCCCCCCUGAAACUCAUGAAUCUCUCUGAAUCGGUGUUGAAACCCUUGAAACGUACGUCCUGAGCUUCGAAUUUUCCGGCAAUUUUCGAAAAUAAUUCCUCUUCCACUCUGACAUUCAUGCACAUUUCACACAACAGAGACGUGUGGAAGAUGUUCAUCUAAUUCCAUCCGAAGGAGAUUUGAAUUGUAAAAACGUACAAACCAUAUGCAUUAGUGGAAUCGACUUCAGUUCUGUGCCUUCAGGGAAUAGAGAUGGUCAAGUGGCUCUGUGGCUUGGAGGAAAGAAGCGCCCGUCUAACGAAUUGGGAGUCGUGGGUUCGAUUCCCACUGAAGCACGUGGAUUUCUUCUCAUAAUUCAAAUUUAAAUUUGUUUAUCGAACAGGUGUUUCUGUUGUGUGCAUGAAUUUCAAAGCGAUCAAACUUUGUAAUUUUCACUUGGCUUGUUUAGCCUGAGCAAAAAACGAGAAAUUGACAUUGCUGCACUGCUUAUUACCUGCCUGAAUAAAUCCAAUUCUCCUUAGUAGGUAUAGACGAAUUUAUUCAAUUAAGCACUAAAAUGCCCAUCGACUUUUCGAGUCAAAACUGCAGGUUAUAUUAUUCCUUUCAAUCGUUUAAUUAGAUCCCUGUAAUUGACUGUGCCAAACCGCAAAUUUGUCACAUUUGUUCCAAUUCCGUCAGGAUAAUCAAACAAACGCAGAGAAGCAGAUUUGUUUGCCCCGCUGUCAAAUGUGAAAGCACCGUGGUACCAAAUUGCACCGGUGGUGGAAGUCCGACAGCCAUCGCAUUCUCUCAUGCACCAACGGACCGCGAUGAACUCCAACGCUAAUUGCACCAGGCAAAUGAUCUCCCCCCAUUACGCUAUUAUCAUUCCCGCACUCAUUUCAAUGUCAUAUCCAUUAAUAUCCCCCUACGACGAGCGAGCCCGCGACAAGGAGCGAGCGAACGCCGGCAAACCAGCUCCAUCCACCACAAAGCUUUGCCCCAUUUGUCUCACUUUUCCUCGGGGACGACGGUGAACCUGGGAUGACUUUCUCUCGCUCGAACACACGUGACUCCGAGCGACCGUGGAAUUGGAGCAAAAGCUAAUCCGUCGUCGUUUGACUUGCAAAGUUUCUCCAGCCUUGUCCCAUAUUUGUUGGUUGCUGCUCAUAAUGUCAAGAAGUUUAAUUGCUCGUUCGACACCGGGACGUUCCACACGGUUGGGUUUCCCGCAAUCAGUCAGUCAGCCAGUCAGUGGGAUGCUCAAAGCAGUCGAUGAUUUGAAAAGCUCAUGUUCAAUAAGGAGCUAAACGUAUAGGAAGGAACUGAGUGAGCCUGAUCCGCUUUUGAAUAGCAGCCAUCUGCUGUUGCCAGGCCGGUACAGGUUCAUCACCGAAAUGGCUUGUAGAACAUAUUUAUCGUGGGAGGGCACUACAUAGUGCACGUCUGGAAGGCGCAGCACGUGAGCGAGUUUUAUGGAGCAUCAUCUGUGCAAACACAGGUUCCUAUGGAAAAGUCCAUUCGCUCGAUGAUGGAGAGAGUGCGACAUGCUGAUUUGCGUGAUCAGGUCGAGUAAAUCUUCCGAGCCGUACGUCAGGAACCGUAAAGUGUCACCUUUCCUGCGGUAAGGACUGGGACGACGUCCCAGUGUACCACGCAAUUGGAUGGAUAGAGUACAGCGGUUCUCAAGCUGUGAGACGUGAUAGUCGUGAGCUGUGUGGUAUUCCGUAUCAUAUCAUACAUAUUGCCAUAGGAUCAGAGGGAUGGGCCUGGAAGGAUCCAACUUAAAAAAAAAAUGUGUGGAUUAUUGACAUUAACGAUGAAGCUCAGCGUUGCAUUAUGUUGGCAUCUCUAUGAACAGGAUGUCUGUUUAUUAUGGAUGGCCACGGAGUACUUUCAGGGAAUAUUUCUAGAGAUAUUAAAAGUAUUUCUCUUGUAGUUCUUCUAGGGAGUUCACUAGAAGUUCUUCCAUAGAUCUCUCCGAGAGUUUUCUCAACGAUUCCUACGUGAAUUCUUACUAUCGAUCCUCCAGGCAAAUAUUCAAAUACCCUCGGUAGUACGUACCCUCGAUAAUACGUACCCUCGAUAGUACGUACACUUUUGCCUCGAUAGUACGUACAUCAAAAAUUAUUUAUAUUUUAAUCCUCAAAAAAGAGUUCGGAUUAUUAUUAGUAGACGCAUAGUAGAAACUUCUAUGCUAUGAAUAUGUGUUACACAAACUUUUAUGACACUGUUUAGUACAAUUAUUAUAGUUAAAUUGAAGGCGUGUUCGAAUAUCUCACGUACAUGAAAAUAUUACAUUACUUUUCUAUUCUCUUAACAAAGACAGUUUUCACAUAGAACUGCCAGUGAAUAGUAAUAUUUAUUAGUUAUCAUAACAUCUUCUUGGGGUCUCCAGUUAGCCUAGUGGUUAAGGCUAUGGAUCACCAAUCCGGACACGGCGGGUUCAAUUCCCGUUCCGGGAAAAUUUUUGUCAUUGUACUUGCCUCACAAUAUACAAAUUAAUGCAAUGGCAUGUAAAGAAGGUCCUUCAAUUAAUAACUGUGGAAAUGCUCAAAGAACACUAAGUUGAAGCGAGCCAACUGGGAUAGCCUGCUUUUCGGUUUUAAAAGCACUUUCACAGUUAUCAAUUGAAUGCUCCUUCAUCAAUAAAUCGGUCUUCCAAAACAAAAUAGGGCUAAUGGCUCGUUUUUGUGUGGUAAUAAAAACGAAGUUUCUCAGCUCAGAAUGCUCUCUAUAACAUGAACUAAACGCAAAAAGUUGCUUAUCCAAACCAUUGAUUUUGAAUUUUAGAUGCUAUAAAAGUGGUUCUCUACACUAUUCACUGCCGGUGUAAUUUGGUAGCACUCUGCAAUGCCAAUGUAAGCAGAAAAUGCCAUUUUAAACAGCAUUUUAUCUGUAAGCAAGCGGCCAAAAAUAUAAAAUCUUAAACAAAAUAUUUUUUGGCCAUUCUUUAUUUGUUGGGCGAAAAGUUUUGACUCAAACCACAAUUUGUUGCGCUAAUGACGACGCUUAAUAUUUUGUAGCAUAAACGGCAUACCACAAAUUGUGUUCUUUAAUCACAGAGAUAUCUGUUAAGCUCUUAAAUUCGAUCCCGAAGGCAGAGUGAGCAAAAGCAAAAUUAAAAGUAAUUAAAUUAUAAAUUUAUAUUUUAAAAUAUCGACCACUCAUAUUUUAUGAACUGAGCAUGAGCAUAGAUGACCGCACAAUUCGUAGUUCCUACUCCGUGAUUAACCGGAGCAAUCGAAAUUGCACAAAGAACCAAUGAAUAGGGCUUGGGACUAGCUUACCAUUCUCAAUGUACACAGUUCGAGAACUCUCAACUUUAGUAAGGUCAAUAAAGGCGCCGGCCACAUCCUUACGGUCAUCGAGGAUGGGAAGGAAUGUUAGUAAGGCAAACGUUGUUAUAGAGUCGACCACUCAUAUGAUAUGAACUGACCAAAAACUAACACUGAUCAUAAAAGAACAAGACAAAGAAAACCACGUGUUUUUCUUAAAGAAGGCACCGAAUCUGUUGUCGAAACGUCAGAUAAAAUUUAUAGUUUGCUAUACUGAUGUCAAAAUUGCAAUUAGUCUAAACGAUUAAUAACAUCAACAAAAAGCCCUUAGAGCUUAAGUUCCCAAACAUUCAGGUGCGUGACCUCCUUUUGCCAGCAGACGUUCUUUUCGCGACCCACCAUAGAAAUUCCAUCAUUUCUUGUCUAUGACAGUAAAAUAUUAGACUGUUCCUCGCGACCCCAUGGAUGAACACCGGCGACCCCUUGGGGGGUCGCUACCUACAGUUUAGGAAACCAUGCCUUAUAGCUCAAUAAUAAAGCUCUAUAUUUACCUGGUUUAAUCACCGCAUGACUUUAUCAUAAUUAAUUUUAAUUGGCUUUUUUCGGUGAUAUGAAUACUACUCGAAGUUAGAGGGAGUAAGGAAAGUAAUGAAAGAAUACGGUGGAUUCAUAUCACCGAAAAAAGCCAAUUGAAAUUAAUUAUAAUAGAGCUCUAUGUACAUACACUGCCCUAGUAACUGGACACUAUCCGAGCAGGUAUCACUUGAAAAAUAUAGCCCAGAUUCAGAGUGAUAUCUGUUGCAACACGGGACAUGAAACCUCGGGACAUCUGAUAUGCAGUUAUGGUACUUUAUACACGUGCAGGCAAAGAUUUCUAAAUAGUUGUUGCUUGCAACCCAGUGCGAUCUGGUGUGCAGAACUUGUGAAGGUUUUGGAGUUUAUAAACUCCAUUGUACAUACCCAACAGCGGGAAAGGAAAAAAAGUUAGUUCAAAGUGAAGAUUUGAAGAAAGCCACACCUCAAAUUUUGAAGAUCGCAAAUAAGAUGAACUGGAUGCACUGAAAGUUGAUCGAUUCGUCACCACCAGCGGGUAACCAAUCGAACAAGCUUUCGGUGCUAGCCGACAUCCGGUUCUUCAGAUGUGUGCUCUUAAUAAUUUGAGGUGUGGCAUCGUCAUCUUCACCUUAAAAGCGGUGAAAGCAAAUUCCACAUCCCAGCUCCUCAGAUCAUAUGAAAAUAAACUGAAAAACCAAGCGUUUCCCAAAUGCGUUCAUAAUUCAUAAAUUUUGAAUCUUUUUAGAAUACGGCAAUGCUCAGAAGUUGUAUAUAAAAUAUCACGAAAAUCAUAAAGAAGAUACAACUGAUCUAGAUUGUAUUGUACUAAAAUAUAACUAAUCUAGAUUGGAAUGUACUAAAAUAUAACUCUAAUAAAACCAAUGUUAUUUCCCAAAGACAAGAUACCUCUACAAAGCAUCACCAUGGCAGUAAGAGUUUUUUUUUCAACAAAGGAUGGAGCCUAAAGAAGUAAAAUUACGUAAUUUAUAAAUGAACCCUAGGACCUUAUGUUAUUUUUCAGCAAUUCUGACAUUCUAAACAUAAUAUUGCUUGAUUUAAAAAUAAUAUUUGCGAUAAAAAUUUGUGCUUCGAUAGUACGUACGUUUCGAUAGUACGUACACUUAACGAAGCGAUGGUGUACGUACUAUCGAGGUAUGGCUGUAUUUCUCCAAAACUUCUUAAAGAGAUAUCUCCUAGAGUUCCUCUAGAAAUUGUGGUUGGAGAACUCUUCAGCAAUUUCUCCAUGGAUUUCUGAAGAAAGGCUUCCGAUGAUUUCUACAAAAAAUUACCCUAAGAUUCCUACGGUAAUACCUCCAAGGAAUUUCUCUAGAAUUUCUUUCCAAUAAUUUUCAAAGGAUGCCUCCAGGAAUUUCUGCAAAAAUUCCUUAAGAAGUUUCUCCACGUAUUCUUCCGGGUAAUCCUCUAAGGAAUUCUUCAACAAUUCCUCCAUGAUUUUUCCAUGGCCUCCUCUUUGAAUUUUUCAAAGAAUUAUGCCCAAGAUUUUACCCCAAGGAUUUGUUGAAAGAUUAUUCCAUAUACAUGUUGGAAUCCCAAGCUAAGCCACUCCUAUGAGCCAUCAUCUCUGAUCAUAGAACACGAAAACACAUUCCAAUUAUAUUUCACCGACCAGAACACGUCGCCUUUGAUCUGUCGGAGCGCUCAACUUAAAAUACUAAUAUGAAUCCAAUUGUACAGUAUAUAGAUCAUUCGUGGAUUUCCCGCAAUGUUUAACUUAAGUUUAAAACCCAACAUACAUUUCCCCCCUUGAGAAUUUCUUCAGAGAUUCCAAAAAAGAUUUCUUUAAAACAUUCUUAACAAAUUACUUCAGACAAUGCAUCACAAUUUACAUAAAGCAUCCUCCAUCAGGAAAAAAUCCAUCAGAAAUUCUAAAGGAUCUCAGUAAUUAAUUAAGUUCUAGUUUUAAAGUUAAACUUUUCAAUCCAAUUCCAAUUUCUUCAAUUCCAAUUUCUUCAAAACUUCUUGAAUAUCACUACAAUUAGCUACAGCUUUUUGCCGCAUAGAUAAUCUGUGUAUGCAUCGAAAUAGUUAUGUUGAAUGGCAAGCAAGUCAGAAAUACACUACCGCUGCUUUUGGUACUACCAAAUGUAGUUGUCUCACCGACGAACCGACAGUGGCGAUCCAAAACUGUCCCCCCCUAAUUUAACGGUCGACCAGCGAAGCGAGCGAUCGCUUCUGUCAAAUCAGCGCAGACGCGAACCGUUUCCUAUAUGAACACAUGGGGGUUUAGUGUCGAGCUAUCAAAUCAUCGCGAGCCGUUAUAGAGGUGGCGAUAGUGUUCGGUUAUUUUUCAUCAUGGCGUCGCGGACAACAAAUUUGAAUUUAUUUGUUCUAGCUGUCACGUCGGUUCGUCGGUGGUUGUCUGUUCGAGCAAAUAAUAGUUAUUUAUGUAACGAGUUGUAAAAAGUUGAUUUUUUCAGCACGAGUCGUACAUUUAUCCAACGAGGCUUGCCGAGUUGGAUAAAUACGAAGAGUGCUGAAAAAAUCGAGUUUUGCAAUGAGUUCCAUACAAAAUUUUAUGCAAUGAUUUUAUUCAUAAUGCAACUCAUUUGCAUAAGGAAUUGUUUUGAUAUCCCUUUGGACUUCCUGAACGCUCUGUGUUCGAAAACAAAUUACUUCAUGUAUUUAUCCAAAGGUUUCUUUACAAAUUUCAUCAACAAUUACACCAAUGACUCAUUAUGGAAAUGCUUUUUUCUAUCCUUUUGAAAAUUCAUUUAUGAAUUCCUCCAAGGGGAUAUUUCUGCAAGAAUUUGCGGUGGAUAUUCCUACCGAAACAUUCACCACUUAAGCGCCAUAAUACUACUGAACAACUUUUCAGAAGGCAUAUCAUGAUGUAAUAAUGAAAUAAAAUAUGCCAAAAAAUGCAUUAAACAUUUAAAUAAACGCUGGCGCAACUAGUGAUUAGUUCCAUUUUUUUUUUAAUAUUUGAAAGUCAUUAGCUAUCUGUUCAACUUAGUUAAUAACACGAAGAUAUAAUUGCUAUCAACUGUAUUAAGAACAGUUUCGUGUGACGUCCAUUCGCGUAGAUCCAGCGAUGUGGGCUUCAUCUCCAAAGUAGUGAAAGCUGGCUCUAGUGCAUAACAAGCGCGAACGACAUUGAAGCUGAGGGACUAAAUAGGCUGUAGUAACGUGCAUGGCGGUGACGUUAUAACUGGGUAUGGUGACGUCAUACUUUCCCUCUCCGGUAUGUUGGAUCAGCAAGUCUAUUUAUAGAGCAGCUAUCAAUAUGAAGAACCAUUUCAGCUUGUAUCGCCUCUCAUUUCAAGUGCUGCGAUGGUCUCACUGGUAAAAACGACGAGCUCCUGUUCCAGGUUCUAGCCGUUCUAGGUUCGAAUCCCUGGUUUUUAUGUAUACUAUGUGGAGAAGUUUUUUGAUAACAGUAACUUUUUACUAAAAAAAUGUCACUCUAAAAAUGAAUUACCCAAAAAUGAGUUAAUUUUUACACUACUUAAGUUUUACCCAAUAUAUUUAUAACUGCUUUAUAACAACAUGUGAUAUAAUUUGAUUAUCCUUUCUUGGUUUUUAAUAUCUCACUUUGUUAUAAGCUUGUUAUAAUUGUAUCAAUACUUGUUAUAAUUAUGUUAUGACUAGUGCAAUUUUUGUUAUAAUUUUAGUUAUUUUAACACCUAACCGGCGAAUUUUAUUACUUCUUCUGUUAUUAAAAAUCUUUGAAAUACCCUCCCCCUGGAUAUUCGAUCUUGACGCGAUGGGAGGGCUUAACCCAUUAGCACUUUAGCGCUAGUUCAUUCACCACCGCUUGGACUUUGAACUAGAUAUAUCUAGUUUACGAGCUGACCGCAAGUGAAGGAAUCGCCGUAAGUGCUAAUGGGAACCAAAGGAGUAUCCGUCGUGCAUUUAUCACAAGUCAAAACAAAUUACCUAUAAUUCAGCUUGCAUAGACCUAAUCUUUGCAUUCUUUGAAUUUUCUCAAAUUUAACAAUAAUUGUUAAAUUUAACGUAACGCAAGAGUGGGUAGAGGAGGUCUCUGCGUUACACUCAUCAUUCGUUACUUGAAUUCGUUAGUACACAGAACAGGGGACGCUAGGAUAAGUUGACUUACAGCCUUACAGAUUAGAUUCAUUACAAUUAGAAAAUUAUGGACUGAUUAGGUAAAGAUACAACUGUUGAUUAUAGGAGUUUAUAUUUGUAUUUCUUAUUUUUAUGGGUUUUGUGAAUUUAUAAAAGUUGACAAAUAAUCAUUAUCAUUUUUAUUUUUGACAAAAAUCAGUUGACUAAACUUUUUUGUUUUUAUAUCUUAGACGGUAGUAUUUCACUGAUCAAAAAAAGCAGGAAUUUAGUUAGGACUUAGGACGGUUGACAUUGUAAAGGGUUACGAUGGAUAUAAUAUUACUUUGGACUGAGAUGAUCACAGAUAUGCAGAAGACGGCUAGCGAAAUUAGAAACACAAUUUGAUACAUUAUUGACUAUAUUUUGACAAAUAGGGUUUGACAAAUUUCUUUACAAUAUCGAAUGGAAGCUCAAAAAGUGUUAUCUAACACUAAUAUGAGAGUUAUUUGGGGAUGAUGCUGGUGCUGUCAAUGACUAACAUCGGUUAUUGACACUAUUGGUAAUCAGCUUGAAAUAAUUUUCAGAAUGUAUUAUAAAAUAACUGAGGAUAUUAUCUGAUUAUUGUUUGGGGAAGCUGUCAGAAAAACUAGUUGCCCAUAUCGGCUAAAAACGCUAGCUCUGGUAGCUGUCUUCGAAUAAUUUUCAGAAAUAUCAAAUCUUUAAAAAUUAGCUACGACACAUUUUUUUUUUCUUUUUGCUCUUUGUAUAUUUCUUAAGAAUAGUACUCUGAAGGCGUUAACAUAGACAUAGACACCCUUUUUUAUCUCUGAAUGUUGUCCAGUGACCUCGGAGAUUUUCGAUUAUUGAAAUAUUGUUCAAUUAUCAAAUCAUCUUUGGAGCUUCCAUUAGAUCAAAACACUAGUGCGAUGGAAAAAGUUAAAAACAGUAUUUUUCAAAACUACUACGACCCAAUGCUAAUUACUACACACUUUGCUCAAGUUGACGACAUCGUCUAGUCCAUCGUGAGUAUUGGUCCUAGUAGGGGGAAAGUUGGGAAAGGGUCCAGGCUUUGCUAUCAGCUGUCCUGCAGCUCCACCUGGUCACUCUUCAAAAAAAAAAAAAAUUUUAGUUAUUUUAACACCUAACCGGCGAAUUUUAUUACUCCUUCUGUUAUUAAAAAUCUUUGAAAUAAAAAUUUUAUCGGUUAUAAUUUUGUUAUGCCUUUCUGAUCGGGAACCCAGAUAGGCACGCUGAACGACGCCAUCGUGGCCUUUCAUCUUAGGAAGGUUAAAAUAUUAACAGUUGCGACGUCAACAAACUCCUCAAAUUAAUAACUAGAAAAAAUAGCCCAAGUUUGAAAGAAAGAUACAUAUCUGAUGUCCACAUGAGAUGAGCUUGGUGGACUAGUGGCUACCGCUACUGAUUCCUAUGCAGAAGGUCUUGGGUUCCAUCCCUGGCUCGUCCCUUUCCUCCUACUUUGUAUGUAUCUUUCUAUAUACUUCCUCCCUACUCUCUGCAUAUACAACUAAUGUAUAUUCACAUGUUUAUAGCCAUCGCUAGAACAGAAACGGGUUGAAAAAGCCGUUUCCCUUCCAUCAAACUUUCCUAAGACAGUGUUAAUCUUUCAUAUAACGCCUACGAGUUAUGCAAUCAAGCGAUCUAAUAAAUACACUAAUCUGUCACCUCACGCCUGGCAUCCACUCAUCAAUGUGUGAACUCAUUGCCAACCAUAUCCCACCAACGCUCCGACAUCCGCAUGGUUUUGUGCUGGCGCAGAGGUAUAUUCGGUCUGCUAUGGAUACAAACGAUUGCAAUCAUUACUUCCUUUUCCUUCCCCACGUUGACCUACAACCUGACGUGGCAGGCGCCAUUGUCGCCUAAAAAUAGAAGAUCACCAACACUCACACUGAAGAUGCCUGCUUAGUCCCCGAUCUCAUUGGUUCCAUAUGUGAGUGUAGCUGGUCUGGUGAUACUGUGGUGAAUCAAUUGGUGCACCGUUAAAAACAUAGCAUGAGCGAUUUCUGUGGGAAUCUUAGAAAGGGUCCUAGUAAAAAAAUACGAGGAAUUACAUCAGGAAUAACUGGAGGAAUCUCGGGUUAAAUCUCUGGAAACGGUUCCAAGAAGAAUACAAAACAAAGAUCUCAGCAGGGUUUCCUGACAGAAUUCUUUGAAAAAAAAAAUACAAGAGGACUUUCUGAAUGAAUUACAGGAGGCAUUGCCGGAGGCAUCUUAGCAGAAAGGAAGAAUCCAAGCAGGAAUUUCUAGAGGAAUCCUUUCAAGAACUCCUGGAGAAAUCCUAGCAGAUAUUUCGAAGGGAAUACUGUAUGUAGCGAUUACUAGAAGGACCCUCAUCUGGACAAAUCUUACGAGAAAUCAUUGACAGCCUGGCUUUCUGAGUCUGGGGAAUCAAAUCGAAUAAAUUUACAUUUGCAGCCAGACUACCAAAUCGCAUAUCUUUGAAAACUUUCUGCAAAAUUCAUUUUAUAUUUAAAUGGUAAAGUGAAACGAAUUCUUGAAAAAUAUAUAUUUUUCAGAUGGUAAGCAAAGCAAAGCAAAGAUAACCGUACACAUCGUAGUUGCUACUCCGUGAUUGACCAGAACAAUCGAAGUUGCACAGAGAUUCAAUGAAUGGUUGUUGGGACUAGCUACACACUCUUUAUGUGCACAAUUCGAGAGUUCAAUAUUUGAAAGUCAAUAACGGCGCCGGCCACGUCCUUACGGUCAUCGGGAAAGGGGAAGGAAUGCUAGUUCGACAACCGUUGUUACUACCCAAGUAACCAUGACGCUGAAUAAAGAGCAUUAAUUUCGCUUUAUAGUGUAUUAUAUGACAUGCGAUAUAAAGUUGUUUUGACACAUAGGUACCAUUAAAGUAGGUUUAAAGUCGAAAGUGGCGCUACUACUGUUGAUUUAAAGCAAGCUUUACUUUGGCAAUCGCCGAAGCAUACAAAAUGCUUGUACCAUAUAGCUAAUGCAAUGAAAUAGUACGGAAUGCAUACUUAAGGCAUCAUGUCAACAAAACAAAAAAGUAUUUUUUCAUUUUUCUGACUAUUUUUAUCUUCUCAUGCCUGUUCCGAUACUCUCAAUCUGAUGUUUUUUAUUCUAUUUCGGGAAUUGAACCUAGACUGCUGAAACUGGAUCGCGGUGAAACUCGGCUACCAUGUAUUUUGCACCUGGAAAAAUGUGCAACAUUAAGUAACGUAUAGUCAGCUCGUGCUUUAUUGUGCUGCUCUAAAAAGUUGUACUAGGGUCUGAAAGCCAUCAGUUAUCUUACUCUCCCAAAUUCAUUCGAAAACAAGUGAUUACAGAACCGAUUGAUUCAACAAACGAAGAUAAUAUAAAGAUAUAAAUUAGUCUGUGUUGAUUCUGUUCUUAUUGUUUUCAUACAUGCUCACUUCCACCAUUUCUUUCAUAAAAUCGGGGAACUAUUUUAAAUAAGGAAACCAAUACCUCAACCCCACAUAUUUUUUGUUCCCUCAGCAUCUGAUCGUCUUCAUUUCCCAACCAGAAACAAAAAAAAACAUACACAAUAUAAAUUUUGAAACACCAACAAAUAAGCAAGAUAAUCCAAGUUCUACGCAGCAACCCAUGAAAAUUUGGGUUUGUUUUUCGUUUCCUUUGAAUGGUUGUGUUUCUAAAGCAUCCCCACAGUUGUCUCGGGAAGGAGUAUUUGUUAGUAGGGUAAGGUUAGGUGUGGAUCUUGGAGUCACCUUUGGUAGGUGAUAUGAUCUACUAGUUAUAUGAAAAUACACGACACGGUCUUCAUCCCGAUUAUGAUUUAUUUGGUCGCGAUAGUAAGAGUAAUGCACAUACGUCAACGAUCGUUCUAUAUUAAACGCAUCAUCGCAUUGAUCGUUUACACAACCGUGAAAACCAACUUUCCCACGAAAGUUAUCCCGCGCUUCUGAUUUCGCAUUCAAUAUUCGCGUCAAUAUUAGGCCAGCACCAGAGCUACAAGAUUAAUUUGUAGAUAAUACAGACUCCAGGAGUCCUCAUGAAAACGCAUUGGCGAAAUUACCCCAACUUCUUCUAGUAUGAAAAGAAAAAAAAAAACAAACUUGGAAUGAUCUCACCCAGUUCACGGUGUGCUGAAACAUGAUUAUUAUCGCACUUUCAUGAACCUAAAAUAUUUUUUCGUUAUAAGUUAGCCUUAACCAUAUAGAAAAAGAUUCUGGAGGGUAGAAAAUCUUUCAUCGGGGAAAAUUAAAAUAAAUUUGAUUUUAGUAUUGUACCAUUUUUCUCAUAUUAACUAGUGUUAUGCAAAAAUAGUAAAACUGAACUCGUCUUAAAAAAGGACACUUUUCUAAUCAUAAAUUUUCAAACCCUUUGAGUGAAACAAGCGUAGAAGUUUUUACAACGAAUAACAAGUUGUUUUCGGCGUUUGUUUUAUGUGACCAGCCCACUAUAGUCUGCCAAAAUUCAUAUAUCAGCAAUAGAGCGCUAUACACUUGGCUAUACAUAAAUUUCAUGACCUUUAUGUGAAGGUUUUGCGGACAAUGAAAAAAAUGUCAAAAGACGCACAAAACGAGCAACACAAAAGGCACAGUGAUUACUCUUUAUCCCAACCGGUAACAGAUGAUAAUACGAUCCCAAUUUUUUUUUGUUGCAGGCCAAACGAAAGCUUAAUUUGUAGCGUACUUUUCAACUCGUGAAUAAUCGAUUAUUGCUAAUCCAAAAUCGAAACUGUUUGAUGGUAGAUCUUCAACAGUGUUGCAGUGUUUACCGACUUGAAGUUACCCCUUGAAAAUCGCAAUGCAACGCUUUAAAAUUUGUUAACUCGUGGACUACGAUCUUUAUCCUAUUCUGUUCAAGUAAGGAUAAACCUAUGUCGCAUUGGGUGGUUUGUCAUAACAAAUGUAGGUUGCGACAAUGUCAUUA